UGACGUUGUUUACGCAGAGACGCUGACGCGCGUUGAUGACGUGCAACCCCUCUGUGAAAACAAACAUGGCGUCUGCUGUACCGGAGGUAGAGGAGGCUGAAGAUUAUUCCUUUUUGCCUAUAAUUCACGACAUCAUAAAAUGCAUGGACAAAGACAGCCCCGACGUGCUCCAGGAGCUGAACAAGCUGAAGACGAAGAUUCAGGAGGCUCGUGAGCAGAUCGCGGCGAUGCCGGGGGUCGACAUGAGCCCCGCGCUGCAGGAGAGCAAACUGCGCAUGCUCCGAGAGCAGGUCCAGACCAAGAACCAGCUUCUGCAGAAAUACAAGAGCCUGUGCAUGUUCGACAUCCCCAAACCCUCCUGACUCUGAAAGAACGAGCACGAGCAGCUGUGUGUGUGUAACUAACUGACCCACCGCUAGAGGCGACACCGAUGUGUACUAUUUCUCAGUUUUGUAUCAUCUGUAUAUAUGUUUUUUGUUAUUACUCUGGGAAUAGCAC